GGGCCGCCGCCCUGAGUCGGCCCUCGGUGGGCCAUGGGUUGCUGUAAAUCCACGAUCCCGGAGCGGCCCCAGGAGCCCCAGGCGGCAGAGCCGGCACAGUUGCAAGAAGAGGCCGACGGCAGCCAUGAGCAGGAGGCCGAACAGGGCCGCAGGACCGGCAAGGCGCGGGACAGCCUGAAGAUCACCGUCAUCUGGCGGCGGGUGUCCAUCUUCAACUGCAAGGAUUCCCCGCGCAACUCGCUCCCUCCUUCGACCUGACCCCGCGCGUCGGAAGAAUAAAUGGAGUCCCGACCUCUCGUCGGAAGAAUAAAUGGAGUCCCGACCUCCGGGAGGGGA